CUGGAAAGAACUACACAACUUCCUGUGGAGCACACAACAGCUGAUAAGAAAUGGAAAGAUGAAGAUUUUUGAAUAGAAAUAAUUUACAAAUCUGUAUAACUUUUUGGCACCAGUUAAUUUGAAAACUUUGUUUUUCACCUUUAAGAUGUGUGAUUUCAACUGGUAGACAAAAAAAAUCUCCUGUAAAAUCCAGGAUGACUUCCCUGUGCAAUAUCCUUCUGACCACCAGAUGGCAGUGUGCAGCAGACCCGUCUGACACAACACAUGCACCAUAGAGCGCUGUUCUACCUGCUGUGGGCGGAAGUGCUCGCUGUGUGGGGAAGGCCGCACGUGGAUCCAGCGUGUAGACGUAGUCAUCAGGAAUCAUGGGGAAGACGGGGAAACUUCGCUCCGGUACCGCCGGGAAACUGAAGCGCUGGAAGAAGGGACACAGCAGCGAGUCCAACCCACAGGCCAAGCGGCACCGGGAAGCAGCAAGAAGCCGGUUCUUCAGCCGCCCCUCCGGUAAAAGUGACCUGACUGUAGAUGCUCUAAAGCUGCACAAUGAUCUUCAGUCAGGGUCGUUCUCCGUACAGAAGAAGCCGGAUGAAGAGGUGGAAGAGGACGAAGAAAUGGCGGUGACAGAGAAGUCGGGUGCCACCUUUCUGAGUGGGUUGUCCGACUGCACCAACGUGACUUUUGGCAAAGUGCAGAGAUACUGGGAGUCCAACUCAGCGGCUCAUAAAGAGUCUCUUCUUACGGAGUGUGUAGCGCCCCACAUAGCAGAGAUUGGAACGGUCUCUUCCUCUACGGUUGCAGGACCGGCCGGUCAUACCCUUAAAAUGUUUAAGUUUGUAGAAGGCGGCCUGUCCUACAAGUUCCAUGCGUCCUGGGCCUAUGUCCUCCAGAUUUUACAGACCUUUUUUGAGGUUGCUGGGAAGAUUUGUCACCCAGUGAUGAAGAAGUGUUUGCAGACUCUCGCUGACCUGCGAUUAUCGGCUCAUUUCCCUCAUACUGGAGAGCUGGAUCGGGCGGUGGGAGCGGCUGUGGAGAGUAUGGGACCCGAGGUGGUCCUGAGAGCCAUCCCCCUGCAGAUUGAUGGCACAGAGGACAUCUCUGACUUCCCGCGCAGUUGGCUGGUGCCUGUGAUCAGAGACUAUGUGAAGAACACGGAGCUGGAUUUCUUCACAAGAUAUUUCCUGCCACUGGCUGAAAAACUAAAGAAAAGAGCUGGCGAGCUUGCGGAGGCUGGAAGAAACCUAGAGGCCAAGAUCUAUGAGACUCUUCAGUGGCAAAUCUGGACAAUGUUACCUGGUUUCUGCACCAAACCCACAGAUGUAGCCGCCUGCUUUAAGAACAUAGCAAAGACCCUGGGAAUGAUCAUCUUGGAUCGUCCGGACCUCCGUCUCAAUGCCUGUCAAGCCCUUCGCACUUUGAUUAACAAAGGGUGUGAAGCAGAGGCGGAUAAGGCUGAAGUGAGCCGAUUAGCUAAGAAUUACCUUCCUAUACUGUUCAAUGUGUACAUUAAAGUGCCUGCACCAGGGGAGGGCGCUGCACACAAGCUUCCUGUGAUGGAAACCAUCAGAACCUAUUUGACUGUAACAGACCAGCAGCUGGUUUGCGAUUUACUAGGGAAAGCCAGUGCAAAGGUGUUGGAGAAGACAGAGACUGAAAAGCUCUAUGUACUGGAUCUCAUCACAGCAAUGGCCCCGUAUGCGGAUGAGCCGUCAAUGACCCGAGUGUAUCAGACCAUUCAGCCCUUACUUGAGGAGAAGAACCACAGUGUGCAGAAGAAGGCGUACCGGAUCCUGGAGGAGAUGUGCGGGGGAGAGAGGCCGCCUUGUGGAGACUUUGUGAAAAACAACUUGGAGGAGCUAAAGAAAACUCUUCUGGAUUCACUGAAAAGUGCAUCAUCUCCAGCCAAGAGGCCGCGUCUGAAGUGCCUGAUACAUAUAGUCAAGCAGCUCACAGCCGACCAUGAAGAAUUCAUAACAUCUAUCAUCCCAGAGGUGAUGAUUUGUACCAAAGAAGUAUCUGUGGGUGCGAGGAAGAACGCUUACACUCUUCUGGCGGAGAUAGGUCACGCUUUCCUUCGUUUCAUCAACGACACAGCAGAAGCCCUGGACCGAUACCUAGCUGUUGUCUAUGCUGGGUUGACUGGUUCCGUCACCAUGAUAACAUGUACAGUCCUUACCCUGACCAGACUCAUAUUUGAGUUCAAAGAUCACAUGGGGAUACAGGUGAUUGAACAGUUGUUGAAGAACGUCUGCCUCUUGUUAAGUUGUAAGACGAGGGAGGUGGUGAAGGCGUCUUUGGGCUUCAUUAAAGUCAUCAUCUUUAUCGUUGACCUGAAAGUUCUCUCCAGGCACCUGCAGAUGAUGAUGGAAGCCAUCGGAAAUAUAAACCAGGACAUGAGACGCUAUUUCCGUGUGAAACUAAAGAACAUCUUUACAAAGUUCAUCCGCAAGUUUGGGUUCGAGUUGGUGAAGGAUAUGCUGCCGGUGGAGUAUCACAAGGUGCUGAACAACAUCCGAAAGGCUGAAGCUAAAAACAAGAAGCAGAAAGCUCUAAAACAGGCCGCAUCGGAGGGAGAGGAAGAUGAUGGAGAGGGAAGGAAACACAAGGGAGACGACAUUGAAGACAUCUUGGCAGAUACAGAUGAAGAGGAAGAAGUAGAUAAGAAGCAGACGAAGCAGCAGAAGAAUCAAGUCAGGCAGAUGAGCCGAGCCUGGCUGAAGGAAGGAGAAGGAGAUGAGCCCCUGAAUUUCCUUGAUCCAAACGCCGCUCAGCGGGUGCUAGCCACAAAACCCGGUGUGAAGAGCACAAAGAAGAGCCACGACUUCAAAGUCACAUCAGACGGCCGUCUCAUUAUCAAGGAUGAAGACGACGAGGAGGAGAAGGCGAAAGGUGCCGAAGGUGUGGAUGAAGAGAUGGCCGAUCUCAUGCAAGAAGUUGGACUUCGAACUAAAAAAGCCCAGAAAAAGAAAUUCCGGGAAGAUAAUGAGGAUGACGAUGACACCGGAGAGAAGACAUUACAGUAUAAAGCUGGGGGCACAGGAAUACACAGACCUGUUUCCAAAAGACCGGAGUUCGGCGCGGCUUUCAAGUCAAAGAAAGGAAAAGGUGACAUGAAACAGAAAGGCAAACACGACCCGUACGCCUACAUACCCCUGAACAAGUCCAAGCUGAACCGCAGGAAAAAGGCGAAGAUGCAAGGCCAGUUCAAAGGUCUGGUGAAAGCCGCACAAAGAGGAGCCUUGAGUGGGAAGAAAAAGAAGAAUAGCAGGAGAGCAUGAGACCAUCAUGCGGUGCGGACUGUGUGCCAUCUACUGCCUGGAAAAGCAGAUCCGGUGCCCUGCGUACCCAUAUUCUGCUCAUGGACAGUUCAUUUGUGGUCGAGUAGUGAUAACUAUUCAGGAGCAUAUAAGAAACCUCUUCAUCCCGCCUAUGAGGAGCAGAGAAGUGAACUUAACAUCUAAGAUAUAAAGAGCAAAGAAGCAGUGUGAAGGAGCUUCACUUCUCCAGGGAUCAUGUGUUCUUGUGGUUUUAUUGGACUGUGACAUUUGUUGUGCUGAAUAAAACCUUAAAGUGUACCUGCCAUCUCCAGUGACUUUUCAGAAUAAGCUGCCCUAUGUGUGUACAUGAGGAGCAGCACAAUUUUGAGGCCAUUAUAUAACUUGUAUAUGGUAUUUUUCUGCAGAUUUCUGCUCUUAGGCUAAAUCUAUAAUUUGCAGUUCUCCCAGAGCUGGUGGGCGGUCCUCUCUCCUCCCCCUCUGUAGACUUGUUAUGCUUGUCUUGCAGACACAGGACAAAGCUGAGCUGAUUUUUUAGAGAACAAUAUUUGAGCGAGCGGGGGGUGAUUGAUAACAGGAGAAAGAAGCAUUUUUCUCUAAUAAGAUAUAUUACAAAACAAAUAUGUAAAUAUCACUAGCGCUGGGACGGUAUGUUAACUGGCUGCCAAGAUGACGCUGAGAGGGUCCUGACCACUCCUCACAUAGAUAGUAAAUACAAAACUUAGUAUGAUAUUAGCGUAUCGGCGCACAGGAACAAAUGAAAAAUACGUUAGAACUUACUCUGGAUGUAUUAGUUGGCCGUAUCCUCGAUGUACGGGGC